UCUCUCCUUUGUCAUGCAUGCAGAAGCCUUUGACGAACACCUGAGAGAUUCGCGAAAAGCUGCAGUAGAACGAGGACGUUUUCCCACAUGUUUGACUCCUUCACGCUGAAAGGUAUACAAUCGACGAAAGCCACAGAAGACAGACUGAGAGAAUCGACAUGGAUUCUCUGGAUCAAAGGCAUUUCCCACGGGGCUUCCUUUGACGUAGGGCACGGAAUUUGACGAAGACUGCACCGUGAGUCUGUCUUUAUGUACUUUCCCCCACUUCCAGACGAGGCCUCAAGCGCGCCCCUCCCUCCCUCGGACUCUCACAACUCGAUCUUAUACAGUCUUCUUCCAAGAUUCAAAUACUAUGUCCUGCACUCACAAGUAAGACGGGAGACGUUUGCCCGAUUGUAGCGAUCGCUUUCCGGAACCAGUUCGCCCCAUCACUUGCCCGUCAAUCGUGAACGAUGACCAUGACCCACAGUGUUCGUCAGCUCCAACUCCUCUGCCUGGUAGCACUCCUGCUCUUACGUCCUACGCUCGCUCAGCGUUGGGGAGGUGAAGGAAACGGGUACGACUGGGGGGGAGGAGGAGGAGGAGGAGGAGGAGGUGGUGGUGGUUGGGGGCCAGGUGGAAGAGGAGGAGGAAAUCCAGAGGAUUCAGAGGAAACCAUUCUGACAUCACCCCAACCCACGAUCCAAUCCACCAUUGUCGUUGCUCCUGACCCGGAACCAACGACAACUUCGACUAUCAUUGCGCCUGCGCCUCCUUCAUCUACAAUUCAAACGACGUCGACGACCAUGCGGGAUAUCACAGCCAUCAACGUCGUGACGGAUACGUCUUAUGCCAUUACGACGAUCCUCAUCUCUAAGACCAUCAGUUCCUCCGUCGUCUUCUCUUCAGAAAUCAUCACUUCCGUUUUGCCAUCUGUGACUGCUAGCUCGGUGAUUCGAUCGAGUGCGGUUUCACCGUCUCCAAGUCGACAGGCCGUCAAGGCCAUGACGAGUCUCGCGGUGACUUCAAAUACCAGUGGUGAUCAAGCGACACUCGGGACCGAGCGACCAUCAAUGGCUUCGAAUGCAGGGGAUGAAGGGACAAUGUCGCAGGACGACUCAUCCAAUACUUCCAUCUCGCUCGCGUUUGGGACACCGAGAUUGCCAGACGGGAAGAACACGGUCCAGUUUGGGAUGGUUGCGAGGAGUGGCGCAAGUAGCGUGAAACGGCAGGGAAGGAGAACAAUAUGGACGACAGUACUGGUUACCCUUGGGAUGUUCGUAAUACCCUUUCGGUAG